CUGGGAGGAAUACUGUAUUUGCCAAACGCAGUAACCCAACAGCGGAGAGUUGAGAUCGCAUCUGACAGUAGGCAGCGAACCAGUUUUAGCUCUUUUUUACUCCCGGAUCUAUGAACCAAGUAAACCAACCGAGGAGCAUUCCCACAUAGAGCCGGCCGUGGAAGGGGAUACUGCAUGCAUGGGAAAGUCCAGGUUACACUUUAUUUAGACCAUGUCGGAGAUGUUGAAAGUAGUAGUUUCUCUUUGUUUCUUUUUUCUGUUGGACAACAGAGCGAUUCGUUUCGGGACGUGCGCUCAGACGCUUGAUGCGGACGCCUUCACGAUCCGCCACGCAUCGACGGGUCGAUGCCUGGUAGCCGAGGGACCCGCCAGGGUGGGCCUGGGGCCUUGCGCCUCCACGCCCACCCCCUCCUCCCCUUCCUCCCCCACCACCGCCGCCCCCCAGGUGUGGAAGUGGGGAUCGGGCCGCCGGCUCUUCCACGUGGCCACUGCGCGCUGCCUGGGGCUGAACGUGGUCACCAAGGCCCCGGGCCUGUUCCCCUGCAACUCCACGGGGGUGCAGGGCGUGCUGCAGUGGCGCUGCCUGGAGGGGGCGCUGCUCACCGCCUACGAGAUGGGCCUGGCCGUCAGCGGGAGCACGGUGGUGGCCAAGCACGACGCCAGCGACGCCUGGACCGCCGACGAGGGCCCGGAGAAAGUGUGCCAGCGGGCAUACCGCGUCGUCCAUACGAGUGGCGGUAACUCGGACGGAGCCCCGUGUGACUUCCCCUUCCUGGCCAAUGGGAGCUGGCACCACGGCUGUCUGUCUGAGGCCGACGCCCCCGAGAACUUCUGGUGCUCCACCAACUCCGACUAUGACCAGGACCACAAGUUCGGCCGCUGCCUCCUACCUGAGCGAGGUUGCGGGACCCUCUUCAAAGAGGCGGACGGCGGUGUGUGCUACCAGUUUGUAAACAGCGUGGCGGUGAGCUGGCCUAUGGCUCUGGACUCAUGUCGCAGCCAGGGAGCUGAGCUGCUGAGUCUGGGCGGGCCGGAAGAGCUCUCAUCCCCCACCUUCGCAGCUGGCCUGUCUGGGAUGCCGGAUAAGAUGUGGAUGGGCCUCCACCAGCUGGACACCGGCCAGGGGUGGCAGUGGUCCGACGGCCGUCCCAUUGCCUUCCUACGCUGGGGAGAAGGAAUGCCGUCUGCGACCGUUCUGGUGGAGUCAGACUGUGGUGUCCUGACCUCCCGGAAGGACUUCCAGUCAGAGUCCUGCUCCGAGCACCUGCCCUACGUCUGCCGGAAGAUGGCCAACGCCUCCACCACCAGCACCGACGCGUCUCUGGACUAUCAGGUGACGGUGUGUCCGGAUGGCUGGAAGGCCUGGAGCGGCUGGUGCUACCGGCUGGAGAAGGACGAGCCCCAGGGCUUCGUCGACGCCCAGACCCGCUGCUCAGGCCCCGAGGCUGGGGGAGGGGGCACGCUGGCCAGCCUCCACUCGCUGGACGCCAAGGAGAUGAUCAGCACUCACUUCCACGCAGAGGGCCUCCCGCUGGACGUGUGGAUCGGGCUCAUCGGUACAGGCACCAAUAACACUGUGUUCAAGUGGGCAGACCAGUCCCCCGUCUCAUUCACCUACUGGGGCCCCGACCAGCCCACACAGCCCAUCCAGGACCCCAGCUGUGUCUUCUACUCUGGAGAGUCGUACGGCUGGCGCGUGGGGAACUGCAGCGACCGACUGCCCUACCUGUGCCAGAAGAAGGGGGAGAUCAGUGGGUCCGCGCCCCCCCUCUCCUGCCCCACCAACGGGGGCUGGAAGAGACAUGGAAACUCGUGUUACCAGCUGAAUAUCACUGAGGUUUCCUUCAAAGACCGCUGCAACAUCUCCAUCAGAAACGGGUUCGAGCAGGCCUUCGUGAGCCGGAUGCUGGGGGAGCGGCUCUCCCUGAAGACGUCGUACUUCUGGAUCGGCCUGCAGGACACUAAGAGCACCGGGGAGUACCAGUGGGUGGGCCCGAACGGCGGGCAGAACAGCGUCACCUACACCAACUGGGGCUGGACGGAGCCAGCGGGCCACGGCGGCUGCGCCGUGAUGUCCACGGCGAAGCCCCUGGGUAAGUGGGAGGUGAAGAACUGCACGGCGUUUAAGGCCGGGACCAUCUGCAGGAAAGACCUCGUGGCCCCGCCUCCCGCCCCGCCCCUCCCCGACCCCAGUCUGCCCUGCCCCGAGGGCUGGCAGUCCCGAGCCAACAUCUCCUACUGCUACAAGGUGUUCCACGAGGAGCGCCUGAGUAGGAAGCGGUCGUGGGAAGAGGCCCAGAGGUUCUGCUGGGCCCUGGGGGCCGACCUGCCCAGCUUCACCAAGUCAGAGGAGAUGGUGGCCCUGCACAGCGUUAUGAGGGACAGCAUCAGUGAUAACCGGUUCUUCUGGGUCGGUCUGAACAGAAGACACCCCUCGGACCGCUCGUGGACCUGGAGCGACGGCCGACCGGUGUCCAUGGGCAUCCUACACCAAGACUUCCAUAACGAUGACGCCUACAGCAGAGACUGCACCGCCUUCAAGACAAUGAAGACCAGCCUGAGGCUGCUGUUUGAGUCCCUGUUCCACGACAUUGACCCCUGGCCCUUCUAUGCCACGCCCUUCCACUGCGAUGCCCAGCUGGAGUGGGUCUGCCAGAUACCCAGAGGAGUGAAACCCAAGGUCCCAGAGUGGUUCAACCCAGGCGGUCACCACGAGACGUCCAUCUUCGUGGACGGCGGGGAGUACUGGUACAUCAACGACCUCCAGCUCUCCUUCGAGGAGGCCAGCCUGUUCUGCAGCACGAGCGGCGGCCGCCUGGCCGCACCCAUGAGCUUCACCGCCGCCAGGAAGAUCCACGAGCACCUCCCCCAGAACACCACUUCCCCGAAGCAGAGCUGGUGGGUGGACAUGAAGCAGCCUGGACACUACUUCCCAAUGACGUCCGUCCAGAUGCAUUACUACCACUCCCUGUUCCUGGGAAGAUGCACGUCGCUUAGCAAAGAGAACCUCUUCCCUGAGUAUGACUACAGUUGUGCGCACAAGCUGUCCUUCGUGUGCGAGCGACACAACGUCACCUCUGUGGAGCGGAACCCUCUAGAACCGUACCCGGGUGGGUUCCCAUGUGAUAAAAACUCCCUGGCCUUCAGAAACAAGUGCUUCACCAUCAUGAAGCCCAGCCAGCAAUUGGGGUUCCAGUCCGCCAACGACGUCUGCAAGUCGCUCAGGGGGACUCUGGUCACGGUGGCGGACCAGGUGGAGCAAGACUUCCUCACCACCCUGCUACCCGGCGUGCCGGAGCUGAACCAGAUCUGGAUCGGGCUGAAGCUGCGCUCCACCUCCAGGCAGUGGGUGGAUGACACCUCGGCCGGCUUCCAGAACUUCAACCCCCUGCUCCACGGCAUGCUCCGACCAAUUAAGCCCGACGUGAGGCCAAUGAAGCCCAUGGACCUAGACACCUUGGAGCUGUGUGUGUUUAUGAUCAACCAUCCCAGCUCUGAGGUGAUGGGCACCUGGGACUACAGCAACUGUGGGGAUAAACAGUACACAGCCCUCUGCCAGCACUAUGCAGAUAAGCCUGAGGAACCCCAGGCCCCGACGGAGCUCCGCCACUUCAACAACCACACGGUGCAGCUGCUGGUGGGGAACAUGACGUGGUCCGAGGCGGCGGCGCGCUGCCGGUCCAAGGCCAUGGUCCUGGUCAGCGUUGGCGACGUCUCCCUGCAGUCCUGGCUCACCGUGCUGGUCAGCCGGGCUCGCACCCCCAUGUGGAUCGGGCUCUUCAGUGAAGACAGCGGGGUCCACUUUCGCUGGACAGAUCGCAGCCACACAGUGUUCAGCCGUUGGUCCCCAGAGGCCUCCAGCGGCUCCUGUGUGUACCAGGACACCGACGGCUUCUGGAAGGCCACCGAGUGUGAGGGGACUCUGGGGGGCGCCAUCUGCCACAAGCGCCACGAGGACGCGGUGAUCAAGUCAGAGGACCCGGCAGUGAAGUGCCCUCACACCCUCAACGGCCCCAACUGGCUGCCGUUCAGGAACAACUGCUACUCCUUCCAGCUGGUGGCGUCGCGCUGGGCCCAGUUCGACAAGGGCUUCCCCCAGGACACCUGCAGAGACCUCUACCACAACUCCAACGUCCUGACCAUCCGCAACGCCGAGGAGAACGAGUUUGUCCGCCAGCAGCUGGUCCCGUUCAAGAGCCUGGUGCAGUACGUCUGGCUGGGACUCAUCAAGGACAACACUGAUAACCAGAUGAAGUGGUACGAGGGCACCAAUGUUCAGUUCAACAACUGGCGGAACGGGCGGCCGCAAGUGGAGACAGAGUUCAUGGCCGGUAUGAACGAGGACGGAAUCUGGGAGCUAAUCACCAACCAGAACUACUUCUCCCCCUUCAGGCAGAGGAGCAUCGUGGCCUGCAAGCUGGACAACGAACCCAGGGAGAAGUACAACCUGACGAGCCCGAGCCUGCGGCAGUACGGGAGCCUCUCCUUCACGGUGCUGACCCGCAAGCUCACCUGGCUCCAGGCGCUGGAGCAGUGCACCCUGCUCGGGGGACACCUGGCCAGUAUCCAUGACAACCAGCACCAAAUGCACGUGGAGCUCAUCGCCCGGACGGACGGCUUCCCGCUCUGGAUCGGGCUGUCCAAUCAGGAUUCGAGUAACCCGUUCUACGAGUGGUCGGACGGAACCAAUCGCGACUACCAUGCACCCAUCAAGGACUCUCAGAAGAGCCCGCAGAAGUCCCAGGCCGGCUGCGUCUCCAUCAGUCCAUCCGGCACGUGGAUGAGGGAGGACUGCAAGACCUUGGUUGAAGGAGCUCUCUGCUACACCACCAACACCACCACCCCUAGCCAGAGGGCCAGGCUAAAGAGUCCUGCGCUGGCUACCAAUUGCCCGCAUACCACGUCCAAGUGGUUGGAGUUCAAAGACCACUGCUACGCCUUCAACAUGACCAUCUACAACUCCAGCGUGUACAACAUGGCUGAUGCCACGAGUGUCUGUGUGGGACUGGGGGGUCACCUCCUCACCCUGACCUCCAUGGAGGAGAACGACUUUGUGGCCUCCCAGGUCACUGAGGACCCCCUGAUCACCAAACGGGUUUGGCUGGGCCUGAACAUGGACAAACAGGGUGUGCCUGUGGGCUGGGUGGACGACUCCCCCCUGGACUUCGCUAACUGGGGGACACCCCCCCCCCUGGUGGGGGCGGCCGCCGACCACCCCUGCGUCGUGCUGGACGCGGGGGACCAGGGCCGCUGGAGGAGGGUCAGCUGCUCUGACAGCCUCAGCCGGGUCGUCUGCAAGACCACCAAGUUGUCGCCGGGCUCUCCGGUUGCCCUGGUGAUGCUCCUGGUCAUCCUGCUGGCCCUUGCCGGGGUCAUCGUGUUCCUGGUGUACAAGAAGAAGCGGGCGUACUUUACCUCCAGCGUGCGCUACAAGAGGAACUUUGACGAGGCGGACUCCACCAGCAUCAUCACCGAGGCCGAGUGAGGUGGAAGGGGCCAACGGAACACACACAAACACUGUCGUGCCUGGGCCUGUCAGCAUUUUACUAUCCCCUUUGCAAAUGCAAAUACAGCGUCUGCCUUUUUUAUGUUCUUCUCGAGUGUCUUAGGCUGACGCCACGCCCUCUGAAACACUCCUUCAACGGUGUGCAUGCUGUGUGAGCUGAAUGGGAAAAGUUUCCUCUUUGUUGGAAUUUGUUUUAAGAUCGUAAUUAAUUUAAGAAGGGUUGAUCUAAAUCAUUUGUUUUGUUGAUGAAGGGACUCCUGUUUUACCACUUAAUACCCCCGUCCAAGCCAUUUACAACUCGGUCCACGAUCAACAUCACAAGUGGGUUGGUCAUCCCCUGAUGCAUGAUGGGUAGAUCCCACUCGUAAAUGGAUCUCACACCCGGUGGUAAAACAUGGGCCCUUUAAAUCAUUGUUUUCAUUCAACUUGAAUGUCCUUGCUUGUUGUUGUUGUCCUGCUGAAGCGAGGUCAAGCCAGGGCUAGUGAGUGCUUUUAGAAGCAGAAUCCAACCUUUUAAAGGGGACAUUCGGAUUCCGAGGUGGAUUUAACUCCUCUGCAAACAACGGCCAAUGACUCCCAAUACUUAUUAAAAUACAACGGCCGACUGUAAGAAGCUGCCUCCAGUCAUUGGCUGUUCUGAUGCGUGCGGUUCAGAUUUAUUUAAUGUAUGUGUGGGGGUUCCUGUUGGAUUGGUUUAUGGAUUACUAGAUUAUCAAGUGAGAUUUAUUUAAAAGUUGCUUCCUGUAGAUUUUUUUAUUCUUUCAGAUCACAGAAAGAAUUCUGUCAUCUGUACUCUAUUCUUUUCAGUUCUCUUGGAUGGGAUAAGGAAUGUUAAUAGAGAACGUGGUUCAGGGUUUGUUCUUUACUGAUUUACAGAUGCCUUUUUGAUACUAGAGGGACGCUCAGUGAUCGGAUCCAACUGAGGGAUUUUAAUACAAUAUUUGUUUUGUAAGACUUGCCUAAGCAAUGUGGAGUCAUGGGUCUGUUGUGGGAAUGGAUGUUUAUUUUUUUUGUUCUGUGUGUAAAUCAGCAUUUGCUAUGCACUUAAAACUACUGAGCGAGUAUGCACUUUAAUUAGCCUUUGAGCAAUAAUGUGUUUGAUGUUUUAAGCACAAUGAAGUUGUCGAUUUUCUCUUUAAAUGUAUUUUUAGAGAACCAACCAAUUGCACUCGUGUUCCCGUUAACUGCUUGUAAAUACCGAUUUUUUUUUUUUUUAUAUAACUAUAACGAUGAACCAAAGAUGUUAAAACCUGCUCAACAUUUAUGGCGUUCCUUUUAGUUUUUUUUUCCAAGGAAUACUCCAAACACGCUAACGGCCUCAAACUCACCUUGGUUUUUAUCUGAUCCAGUUGUGUUUUCUACUAAACACCUCCUCUGCUCAAUCCAGGUACAGUCUCGACUGCAGUCCAAUAAAAUGACAUGCCUUUA